GCAGGUCGUGGCCCGGCUCCGCUCGUCCUGCGCCGACAUGGCCGAGGAGGAGGUGGCCAAGCUGGGGGUGUCGCUCUUCAACUGCCAGGCCAGCGCCGAGGGGCGCCGCACCUACCCCUGCACCGCCGGCAUGAGCCUCGCGGCGUGCACGGCGGGCAUGGACCCCGACACCUGGAACGCCUACCACAUCGUCAGCAACCGGGCCCGAGCCGUCUGCUACGCCACCCGCCAGCUGCAGUUCAGGCGCCGGACGGAGCAGACGGUCAACGCGCUGGUCUCCACGGCCGCCGGCCAGCUGGAGGCCAUGAGGUUGCUCAAGGACGGGCAGGAGGAGCUGAAGGAGCUGACGGAGGAAUCCCUGCAGCGGGUGGUCCGUAGCCAGCACGAGCUGCUGGCGGAGCAGGAGAGACUGCAGGGCGGCCAGGAGCAGAUGGCAUCCUCCCUCCGCGGCAACCUGGAGCAGCUAGCCCAGGAGGAAGCCCUGAUCGCCAGCGGGCAGCAGCAGGUGGCUCAGCUCAUCGAGGGCAUCACCAGGAAGAUGGAGAACAUGAGCAUCCACCUGGGCGAGCAGGACGUGGAGCUGCAGGAGGGGCACCAGGUCAUCCUGGCCGACCUCAGCCGCGUGCAGAGCCGCACCCAGCAGGUCUACGCCAAAAUCGAGUCCGACCUGGCGCUGAUCCAGUCCUACCAGAGCCAGACAGGCCUGUACUAUGAGGAGCUGAUGGGCAAGCUGCAGCGGGUGAAUCGGAGCCUGGGGCAGGUGCUGGGCGCUGUGGAGCACUUGCAGAGCAGCGUGGAGAGCCGGCUGCAGCACAUCCAGAGCGUCAUCGCCUGGACAGGUGACGCGGGGCUGAACCCGGCUGGGCUCCACGCUGGCCAGCCACAGCUUGGGGUGAGCCUGGGGGCCAUCUCCACCUGCACGCUGCAUGCCGCCUACUUCCUGCUGGCCGCCCUGCUCCUGGCCUUCCUGCAGACACCGGGACUGCCCCGUGCCGCCCUCCUGGUGCUGGUGGCGGCCAAUGCACUCUCCGAGCUGCAGCGCGCUGCCUCCCUGGGCUUCCCGGCACUCACUGCCCUCCUGGUGCUCGUCAUCACGGGGCACUGGCUGCUGACCAGCGUGUGCCAUGGGGCCUGGAGGGUGCAGGGCCAGAAGCCCGGGCUCGCCCUGCUGCCCCCUCCCCAGAGAGCCGUGGGGGCCAGGGCUGAUCCCAGCAGCCGCAGGACCUCCACCCCAGACAGGGAGUGUGAGACCAGCCUCCUGAAAGAGGAGCUCCACCAGCUGGAGGACAUGAGCUACCUGCCAGACGGUCCCUACCUGGAGCCGGACUCCCUGAGGCCAUCCCCAUCCUCUGCAGCCCCGGGGCCCGGGCUGGGCCAUGCCACGAGCCUGCGUCGCAUCAGCCUUGCCCGCAGCACCUGGCAUGAGGUGCUGGAGAGGCGGGCCACGUCGGACAAGCGCCAUCCAGGCCUCAGCCCUGCCUCUCUGCUACGGUGCUACAGCCCCAACCAGACCUUGGCCAGCGACAUGUCCACCUCCUUGCUGUCUCCGCGGAGCCUGUGCCAGGGUGUCACCAGGGCCGGGCAGCCGUGCAGGAAGAAAGCUGUCCCGGGGCAGGACUUCUGCCACGUCCACGCCUAGGGGCAUGUGUCCCACGCCAGCUGAGCUGCAGCCUCCCGGCUCGCUGCCCCGAGACCUAGGGUGCCAGGUCAGCGUGACCUACGGAGACUCUUCUUUUAAACACUGCCUCUGGUUUUAAUGUGCAUGUUUGCAGUGUGACAAGCGUGACUUGGGUGCGUGCCCCAGGUCCCUUUGGGCUCCCGUAUUUUGGGGAAGGCUCUUUUAAAAUUGUUCCUGGCCUGAACGUUGCAGCCAUGAGCCGUGGGUCAGGCUCAAAACUGGGGCUGGUCCGUUCUCACGCUGAUUUGGGAGAAACUGCUCUCUGCUCGCCCUCCCGCCCGCACUUGUGCUUGUGGGCAGGUCACACUGGGCUCUUCCUGUCCAUUCCCGGGUGCUGGCCAUGACGCCGGGCCUGCAGGCUUGGGGCUUCGGCAGUGCUGGCAGGACUGGGGUCAGGAUCAGUGCCUAGGAUAAGCCGCUGCCAGGCCCUGAGGUUUUAGAGGGGAAACCCACUUUUUUGCACACGUUUAAUAAAUGCCGUUGAGUUACGACUCGGGUCUUUGGUGUCAAAGCGAACCGAGCUGGCCUGGGGU